GACGCUCAUCCCCCUCAAGACACUCAAGCCGCCCGUCUGCUCUCAAAAAAUCAGCCGCCAUGGGUCGUAUGCACGCUCCCGGAAAGGGCAUCUCGUCCUCCGCGCUCCCCUACCGCCGCGCGCCGCCGUCGUGGCUGAAGACGACCCCCGAGGACGUCGUCGAGCACAUCAUCAAGCUCGCCCGUAAGGGUCUUACGCCUUCCCAGAUCGGUGUCACCCUCCGGGACUCCCAUGGUAUCCCCCAAGUGCGGUUCGUGACGGGUAACAAGAUACUCCGUAUCUUGAAGACCCAAGGUCUGGCCCCCCAGAUCCCCGAGGAUCUGUGGCACUUGGUCAAGAAGGCCGUCGCGGUCCGCAAGCACCUCGAGACCAACCGCAAGGACAAGGACGGCAAGUUCCGCCUUAUCCUCAUCGAGUCCCGUAUCCACCGCCUCGCCCGCUACUACAAGUCGAAGCAGCAGAUCCCCCCCACGUUCAAGUACGACUCCGCCACCGCAUCCACACUUAUCGCAUAAGUGGGCGUGUUGUCGGAGGAUGGGAGUGCUGCGAGGAUGGCUGUUUAUGUCGCAUCUCUGUUUUCUUAUACAUGCAUGAUUGCCUUCCCCAUGAAAAUAUAGGGCUUAUGCGAACAUCCGUAGUGAGCUUGAUGUCCGGGGCUUUGUAGUAAGUACGUCCUCGUUCUCGUGACGUCGUCUACGCUGUGGGCCUCCAACGCCCUGGGACGGUCGCCAACUCUGUGCGGGGGCCGCAGAACCCUUAAUCCCAGUCAUGUCCUACCUCCGUACCGACUCU